GUACAGAAUACAUAGUACACGCUAAAGCUCACCAACUGACACAGAUUAUGUUCCGAUUGUUGUGUUCUGGGCUACCAAAUAAUUAAGCAUUCAACAACAAUCCCAAUUUUCGCUCCUCUCAGGAAAAUCAUCUCCCUUUUCUAGGAAGGUUGAAUGAUUUGAAAAAAUGGGUUCUGGCAAUGUGAAGCCAGAAGAUGCUGUGGUAAAGGAGAAUGUAGGUGUUCCUGUCCCUGAAUUUUCAGAAUCAAAAGAGCAGAAGAUGGUUUUGCAGCCUGGAACUACCUCCAAGGGAAUUAAGCAGAUUCCUUUGUCUGGUGGAAAUGAGGAGGACGUGUAUGUUAAUAUCAUUGGGAGUGGGUGCAUAAGUUCUGGUGGCAAGGCGGUGGUGGAAGAUGCUUGCGAGGAUGUCACUGAUGCUGAGUGUUCCAGUUCCAGUUCUUUUGGUGAUACAGAUUCUGACAGAGAGGAUGCCUUGGGCUCGGCAUUCACCGAUUCCGAAGUAAAAUCUCCAAUGUGUGAUGGUGAUCGAAGACGGACUUCUCCAUCUAGAAAGAACAAGACAACAACAAUGCAUUGGAGGAGGUUCAUUCACCCUAUUAGGUGGCGCUGCAAGUGGAUAGAAUUGCAAUUGAAGAAACUUAACUCUCUAGCACUGAAAUAUGAUAAAGAGCUUGAGGCAUACGAUUAUAGAAAGCAGCUUGAGUUUUCGAAGUUCACAAUAGAUGAUCAUAAUGUCAAGUCAGUACCUAUAUAUGAUGACAAUCACAGGAAUAAAGUUAUGAAGAGAAAGAAAAGGAGCAAAGCUGAAGAGCGUGAUAUAUCAUCAUAUGUGUCUAAUCACAGUAUAUUCUCUUACUAUGAGAACAAAAACCCUGGUGCUUGUAUGGCAGAUUUUCACAGCGAUGCUUUGAAUAAUAAUAUUGAGGACUUGAAGUUUAAUGAUGUGUUGUCUUCUGUUGAUCUUGAAGAUAAUGAUAAAGCCGUCAAUGACAUCAUUCAGAGGAUUGAAGAACUACAGUCACAAGUUAAGAUAUUGAAAACUCGGAUUGGUAACGUGAUUAGUGAAAAUCCAGGAAAGUUCUGUUCUAUAACUCAAUUGAGUAUGAUUGGACCAUCUGAUGGAUUUAAUCAUUCUGGCGGUAAUUCUGCUUCCUUUGUUGAUAAUGACAACAAAUUUCCAAUUAGUUUUGUUCGGGCUUCCCCACAGCAUAAAUCUAAGUUAAAGACAGAAGACCUACUUCUGACUGAAAAUCCAUUAUCGACACAGGAAGAGAUAACUCCCUUUAUUAGAACCACCGAUAAGCCCCAACUUGCAUUUCUGCCAGAAAGUACCAAGGAUGAAAUUCUUAUUGAAAACCAGGCAGCUAAGGAAGAGUUGCAUGAUUUUGAGAGUGUUAGAAAUCAGUUUAUGGAGAAAACCAAGGAACCAGUUGAAGAGCAGAAAUCCAUUUCCACUGCUCAAGUUUCAGAAUCUGACAUGGACACUGAGAAUGCUGGUUCUACUUUCAAAGCAGGUUCUACAUCAAAAUCAAUUUUUGGUGGGAGUGCAAAGAGGGGAAGAAAGAAGGCUGGCUCAAAGAGACGGAAGCGGAGAUAAUCUGGUUAAGCUUAAUCUGUUUGUGUCUUGAGAUAACUGCAGGAGCUGAGAACUUAUCAAUCGUAAUGUGUAAAUUUUAGUUUUUAGUUAUGCAUAAUUUUCCUUGCAUCAAGAAAUGAGUUCAAUUGUACAUGACGUGAAUAAGGGUAGCGUGCUUUAUCCUCAGAGGAAGCUUUUUAGUUAUUGGAGAAUUAUUAUUCAAGGAAAUGGUGUUUCUUGAUUUUCUUGGAACUGAA